GGACCAAUCUCUUUUUGUGGCCUGGAAGAACGACUACUUAUCAGCAAAAGUAUGGAGAGACUGACCAACGCCGAUAACACAGCCGCAUAUCCAGAUAACAUGGCUCCGCCAAUCUCCGCCGACGUCCCGGCCGCGCCGGCUCGCGCGAGCGUGCCGGCGUCCAUCAUCACCGUCGUGUCAAAGCAGACCGUUCGGCCCGAGCGCGCAUCGCCGAUUGGAGACCUCAAGCUAUCCUUCUCCGACAUGCUAAUGCUGUCCUGCAGCUACAUUCAGAAGGGGCUAUUCUUCCGGCUUACAGGCACGCCGAUGGCCGGCCUCGUGUCAUCGCUGGUGUCUUCGCUCUCCCUCGCGCUCGGCGUCUUCCCGCCCCUCGCAGGACGGCUAGUCACGCUCCCCGACGGCCGCAUCGUCAUCCGUUGCAACGACGAUGGCGCUGCCGUCGACUUCUUCCAUGCGGUGGCGCCCGCUCUGUCGCUUGCGGACUUCCUCGUGUCGGACGCCGACGUGCCCACCAUGCUGAUCAAAGAUCUGUUCCCGAUGGCCGGUGCCGUGAGCUACGAAGGCCACCACCGCCCGCUCUCGUCAUUCCAAGUCACGGAGCUCGGGGACGGCGCUUUCUUUCUCUCCGUCGUCGUCAACCACGCGGUCGUGGACGGGACCUCGUUUUGGCACUUCUUUAAUACGUGGGCUGGGCUGUGCCGCGGCGAUCCAAUUCCAGUCCAGCCACCGGACUUCGGCCGCAGAUUCUUCGGCGGUUCGACGGCCGUCCUCCGCUUCUCCGAACGCGACGGCCCCGCAGUGACGCUACACGCGCCGCCGCUGCUGCGUGAGCGAGUCGUCCACUUCAGCGCUGCCGCGAUCCGCGACCUGAAAGCCGCCGCCAACGGCUGUGGAAAAACCAACAAGGACUCCAUGGUGAACGGAGAGAUCUCCUCGUUCCAAUCGAUCUGCGCGCAUAUGUGGCUGGCCGUGACGCGAGCGAGGCAGCAGCUGGCUGCGGACGCGACGACCACGUUCCGCAUGGCGGUGAACUGCCGGCACCGUCUGCGCCCGACGAUCUCCCCGGUCUACUUCGGCAACGCCAUCCAGAUCGUGGCCACCACGGCGACGGUGGCCGAGCUGGUUGCCAGUGACCUCCGCUGGGCGGCUGCCAGGCUGCACGCUACCGUGGUGGCGCACCACGACGGCGCCAUCAGGCAGGCUGCGGCGGACUGGGACGCCGCACCAUGGUGCUUCCCGCGGGGCAACCCCGACGGCGCCGCGCUCAUAAUGGUGAGCUCGCCGCGGUUUCCGAUGUACGACGGCACUGACUUCGGGUGGGGCAGGGCGGUUGCUGUUAGGAGCGGGUGCGAUAGCAAAAUUGACGGCAUGCUGUCGGCGUUGCCGGGCCAGGCCGGGGAUGGCAGCGUCGACGUCGAGGUUUGCCUUGCCCCGGACACCAUGGCCCGCCUUCUCGGCGACAAUGAAUUCUUGCGGUACGUGUCGCAUGCACCUUGAUGCAUGAAGUGCAGCGCCCUAUUCUGUAUUGUAGUACCAGUGUACCACACUAUAUGGUUGCAAGAUAUAAGAGCAUCUCUAAUAGAUGAUGCAAAAUAGAGCACCCAAAACAAUUGA